CAUCUGUCUGUGCCAUCCUGCCAGGACUCGACGGAAAGUUUCAGUCAGACUCGCUAUACUUUUAACGACAUGAAGCUCAAGUUUGGUGUUAAGUGGAACUGGGUUCUGGUGAUCGCGUUUGGCUCCAUUCAUGCUUGGGCACCACAGCAGGAAACGUGCGGGCGGCCUGCAGAUGUGUACUUCCUAUUGGACAGCUCGGGGAGCAUCAGUCCGGGCGACUUCCGGAAAGAGCUGCGUUUCACAAACGACGUGACAGAGAUGUUUGAUACAGACAGUGGUGCCGUUAGGGUCGGAGUCCUCAGCUUUAGUCAGACGGUGACUCCCCACAUUGGCCUUGGUGAGUACGCAGACCGGUCGGACCUACUGACGCGCAUCGCCAGCGUCCCGUAUGAGGGGCGAGGAACCAACACAGCGGAAGCACUGGCCUUCCUCUGCGACAAGGGGAUGUCCUUGGAGCAGACUCGGCCGGAUGUUCCGCGCGUAGCCAUCGUGUUGACUGACGGCAUGUCGCAAAACAUGACGGCCACGUUGCAGAAUGCGGCGCUUGUGCACCGCUCUGCAAUCACCGUGUUUGUCAUAGGUAUCGGGUCGCAGGUGGACCGAAAGGAGUUGGAGGCGAUCGGUAGCUCCCCGACCGUCAGUCACGUAUUCAUGAUCGACAACUUUGACGCCCUGGACCACAUCAAGGAAAAUCUGGCCAGUCAGGCAUGCGACGCAAAGCCGGUCACGCCCGCUCCCGACCCGAACCAAAUGCAGGCGGAUGUGGAUUCCGAGUUCAUCAGCUUUGGAAGAUGCUCCCCGAAGCGGCCGCUAGACCUCGUAUUUGCAGUGGACACAGCGGCCAUCGGCGCCCUUAAUGCCCGCCACGUGCUCGCGUUCAUUGCAAACUUCUCGGAACAUAUCAACAUGGACGAUAACUUGGUCACCAUUACGACCGUCACGAAUGGGUGCGCUAGUGGGGAUAUAGAUGAUCGGCCAUCCGUAGACGCUCAGUCCGUAAAGGACAAACUGUCAUUCUAUGAGGUUCCAAGGUUUAAUGAGCUUCUUGGAAACAUGCGUCUCAAAGCCGCAGACGGUCGUAGAAACGCGGCUCAUAUAGGAAUCGCUUUUGUGAACGCCCGUUUGACAGAGAGCGAAUUCAAGGAGUCCCGGAAGGAGAAGGGGCGGGCCAAAUAUCAGCGGACGACCAUAUUCGUGGUUGGCGUCGGCCCGCACGUAGACAGUGGGCAACUGAAGGCACUCACCCUGAACGGUGGCGAGCUGCUACAGGCAUCAAGUUUCCCCGGCUUGAUGGAAGUGGCCAACCACCUCCUUUAUAGCAUGUGCCUCUUUGGAGUUGUUUAAAAGAAACUAUCAACUCGAAUACGCAUUACACGACAUGGACUUCAAACAGGAAAUGUCUAUGUGUUUAAACACAUUUGAAAUACAAAUGACUUCUUUACAGUGUAUGACACCGGCGUUGUUGUUUUUCGAGAAAAAUAAACUUAAAAAAAUAAAUAAGCAAGAGUAUACUUGAUCAAUUUGAUCAAACAAUAAUUCAUCAUGAAACCAACGAAAUACUUAAUGUCACUAUCCUAUCACAGAAAUUCGUAUUCAACAACGGGCUAUUUUAAGGCUAGCUGCACGUUAAAAUUAAUUGGUUGACUUUUAUUAAUUGUUGGAUAAUAUUUACCAUUCAAUAAACGGUUUUGCUUACUUUGACCACACCAAAGAUUUGACCUGAAUGGUACAGUAACUGUUGGCUGCUGGUCUAUUAAUAAAACCUUCUUUUACUGAAUGUC